AACUGGUAACAACGGACCACUGGCGCCUCACGCUGUACUGUGCAAGUAGUGAAGUCCUUGGGAAAGUUUUAAAAUUCCAUGACACCGAAGAUGACGUGGCACGCAAUCAUUGGAUGAUGCGUGCGACGUCUGAGCAGGAGAACGGGACCCCAGUCUACCCAUAGUAGGUGGAUUCCGCCGGUCCGGUCGGUGUUGAAUGAUUCUGGAAAGAUGGCGGCAAGCAUCCGAGGCCGUCCGAGCCGAAGCAUUCGGAUGCGAGGUCGGAAUGACAGUGGGGAGGAAAAUGUACCACUCGAUCUUUCCCGAGAUCCUUCAGACAACCUUCGGGAAAUUCUUCAGAAUGUGGCCAAGCAACAAGGAGUCUCCAACAUGCGCAAACUGGGCCACUUGAACAAUUUUAUAAAGCUCCUCUGCAGUGCAGGCCACUCUGAGGAGAAGCUUGGUUUUACACAUGAAGAGAUCAUCAUUUGUCUCCGUUUAGCGUUGUUAAAUGAGGCCAAGGAGGUGCGGGCUGCAGGCCUUAGGUCUCUGCGCUACCUGAUCAGAGACAGCGUGAUUCUCCAGAAGGUUCUCCGGCUCCAGGUGGAUUACCUAAUAGCCAGGUGCAUUGACAUCCAGCAGAGCAACGAGGUGGAGAGAACACAGGCUCUGAGGCUCGUGCGAAAGAUGAUCACCGUCAAUGCACUGCUCUUCCCCUCGUCCGUCACCAACUCUCUCAUCGCCGUGGGCAACGACGGGCUCCAGGAGCGAGACCGCAUGGUGCGCGCCUGCAUCGCCAUCAUCUGCGAGCUCGCUCUGAAGAACCCGGUGGCGGUGGCCCAGAGAGGAGGUCUCAGCACCAUACUGAAGAACGUCAUGGACUGUCAGCUGAGCCGCAUCAACGAGGCCCUCGUCACCACCAUCCUGCAUCUACUCAACCACCCACACACGCGCCAGUAUGUGCGCUCGGAUGUGGAGCUCGAGCAAAUCCUGGCCCCUUACACUGACUUCCACUAUAGACACAAUGCAGACACUGAAGAGGGGCAGCUCAAGGAAGACAGAGAGGCUCGAUUCCUGGCCAGUAAGAUGUCCAUAGUAGCUUCCUUUCGCUCGUGGUCAGGCAUCAUAAACCUGUGCAAGACAGGCAACUCUGGAAUCCAGUCUCUUAUUGGCCUGCUCUGUAUACCAAAUAUGGAAGUAAGGAAAGGCUUGUUGGAGGUGAUGUAUGAUAUCUUUCGGCUCCCCAUGCCAGUGGUGACAGAGGACUUCAUCGAAGCGCUUAUUAGCGUGGACCCAAGUCGGUUCCAAGACAGUUGGAGGUUAUCAGACGGCUUUGUGGCUUCCGAAGCUAAAGUUAUCCUUCCACAUCGAGCUCGGUCCAGGCCUGACCUAAUGGAUAACUACUUGGCUUUAGUCCUUUCUGCCUUCAUCAAGAGUGGCCUUCUUGAGGGUCUGGUGGAGGUGAUCACAAGCAGUGAGGACAACCUCUCUGUGCCAGCCACCAUUCUCCUGGGAGAACUGCUUCACAUGGCCAACACCAUCCUCCCCCAGUCCCACAGCCACCACCUGCAUUGUCUGCCCACACUAAUCAACAAGGCCGCCUCAUUCGACAUCCCCCAGGAGAAGAGACUGAGGGCGAGUGCAGCAGUUAACUUCCUGAAGCGCUUCCACGAGAAGAAGAAAAGGGGACCCAAACCCAACAGCCUGUACCUGGACCACAUCAUCCGUAAAUCAAAGGCUUCACACUACUGUAAAGACCAGCACUUUAGACCACAGAGAGACAUCUUUGUCAUUAAGGACUCUGAGGAUGCUCUCAUGAUGAACCUGAGGGACAGUCACAUCCUGAACCACAAAGAGAACCUGGACUGGAACUGGGUUCUCAUUGCAACUAUACUAGAGUGGCCGAAUGUUAACCUGCGAAGCAAUAAAGAUGAACAAAUGCACAAGUUUGUGCGCAGGCUGCUCUUCUUCUAUAAGCCCAGCAGUAAGUUGUAUGCUAGCUUGGAUCUGGAUCACAGCAAGGCCAGGCAGCUCACUGUGGUGGGAUGCCAGUUCAUCGAGUUCCUCCUGGAGUCUGAGGAGGAAGGGCAGGCGUACCUGGAGGACCUGGUGAAGGACAUCGUCCAGUGGCUCUCCUCUUCCUCCGGGCUCAAGCCCGACCGCACUCUCCAGAGCAAAGGGCUGCUCACCGCCCUCAGCCAGCACUACUUCCUGUUCGUGGGGACCCUGUCCUCACACCCUCACGGCGUCAAAAUGCUGGAGAAGUGCAGUGUCUUCCAGUGCCUGUUGAACAUAUGUACUUUGAAGAAUCAGGACCAGCUGCUGAAGCUCACGGUGUCCACACUAGACUACAGCCGCGAUGGACUGUCCAGGGUCAUCCUGUCCAAGAUCCUUACGGCUGCCGCUGAUAACUGCAGGCUGUAUGCCACCAAACACCUGCGGGUGCUGCUGCGCGCCAAUGUGGAGUUCUUCAGUAACUGGGGCAUGGAGCUCCUGGUCACCCAGCUCCAUGACCGCAACAAGACCAUCUCCAUGGAGGCUCUGGACAUACUGGACGAGGCCUGUGAGGACAAGGCCAACCUCCAUGCCCUGAUCCAGAUGAAGCCAGCCCUCACACACCUGGGGGACAAGGGCGUCCUAUUGCUGCUACGGUUUUUGUCCAUUCCAAAGGGCUUCUCCUACCUCAAUGAGAGGGGCUACGUCACCAAACAGCUCGAGAAAUGGCAGAAGGAGUACAACCUGAAGUAUGUGGACAUGAUUGAGGAACAACUGAAUGAAGCUCUCACCACGUACCGUAAACCCGUCGACGGAGACAACUACGUACGCCGGAGCAACCAAAGGCUGCAGAGGCCGAACGUUUAUCUCCCUGUGCACCUCUAUGGGCAGCUGGUCCACGACAAGACGGGCUGCCACCUGCUGGAGGUCCAGAACGUGGUUCCUGAGCUCAGCUACACCGUUCGCUCCCCGAUGCUUGACAAGUGGGAAGGCAUCAAACAGCUUAAAGCCGCACUUUGGGCCUUGGUCUGUAGAGGAGGACGGUCGUCAUUUACUCCAUGUGCCAAACUUUGGCCUGAUUUGCAUGAUCCUUCCCCCUUAUUACAUGCUAACGUUCUCAAACGCUCCCAUUCCCAGGGUAACAUAGGGUCGUCAAAUUGGGGCUUGAAUCUCCUGCAGGAGGAGGGGGUGAUCCCAGACAUAGUGCUUCUGGCCCAGAACUGCGAGGUUCUCUCCAUCAGGGGGACUUGCCUGUACGUGUUGGGGCUGAUCUCCAAGACGCGCCAGGGCUGCGACUCACUGAAGCAGCACGGCUGGGACUCGGUGAGACACAGCCGGCGGACGCUGUGGCCCGUCGUCCCGGAUGACGUGGAGCCGCAGCCCAACCCCCCCAGCCUGCUGUCGUCCGUCCCGUCCACCCUCAGCCUGGCCUCCGACUCCACCGGCUCCAGACACAACAGCGAGAGUGAAUCCACCCAGCCCAGUAUGUACAUCAUGGAUAACGAGAGGCUGGAGAACUGUGACCUGUCGGACGACCCUCCAAUGUACAUGAGGCCAAAGUACAAGGACCGGAGUCCCUUCACCCUGCUGGCCUCCAGCCGCUUCCGCACGCGCCUCCUCCACUCGCUGUCGCUGUCCGGGAAGAAGCUCCGCAGCACCAGCGACCUGAAGGGAAACGUCAGGGGCCAUGGUGGGGAGGCGGACACCAAGCGGGGCCGCAAACGCACCGUCACCGAACCCAGCUACACCUUCGGGUCAUCGGACGUCUUCCCGAUCUACAACGACUGCAGCCUUUCCAAAAGCCCCUCUGUAAACCUGGAAACGUCCUUCGCGUGCGUCAAGGCCUCCGGGAACCGGGGCAGCGCCCCCAGCAUCGGGGAGGGGAGAGGGCCCGGCCGGUCGGUGGGGGUUGGGUGGUCUGGGGUGGGGGAGAGCCAGAGGGAGCGCCUGGCCGGGGACGGGCCGUCCGGGGUCGGUGGCGGGGCUCCGUUUAAAUCACGCAGCCAGAGUUUCAACACGGACACGACCACCAGCGGCAUCAGCUCCAUGAGCUCCAGCCCCUCCCGCGAGACCCUGCCGCCCACCACCGACACGGAGCGCCUCAGCCUCACCAGCGCGGUCAGCGCCCAGACCGUCCAGAUGCUGACCUCUGUCACCCCGCAGCCCCACACCACCCAGCCACCCCCCUCCAAGUCUGGCUCAUCCUUCCUGGUUCCCCCCGGCUCCUCCCACACACUCCCGCGCCGCGCCCAGUCCCUCAAGUUGCCCUCGCUGACCGCCCUGAGCGGCCUGACGGACUGCGGCCUCAUGUACUCCAACUCCCGCGACGCCCUGGGGUACGCCACGCUGAAGUAUACAGGUUCCCGGGAGUCGUACGCCAGCCAGCGCGAUGCCCUGGGGUACGCCACGCUGAAGAGGCUUCAGCAGCAGAGGAUCCACUCGUCCAUGUCCCACAGCGAGGCCCUGGCCUCACCAGCCAAAGACGUGCUCUUUGCAGACACCAUCACCAUGAAGACGGGGAGCCUGGACUCCAGACUAACCCCACGAAGGUUCCUGAAGGCUCUGAGUUUUGCCUCACUGGAUAAGGAGGAUCUGUUGAGCCCCAUCAGUCAGAGCACCCUGCAGCGCUCCUCUUCAGUGAGGUCCAUGGUGUCCAGUGCCACAUACGGCAGCUCUGAUGACUUCAUCGGGCUGGCAUUGCCUGUGGAUAUCAACAACAUGUUCCAGCUAAAAGAAACACCCUAUUUCCAGAAGAGGACCAGCCCACCCUCUGAAGACAAGUCUGAGAAAUUUUUUUCUGGAGACUCAGACGGCCCAAGCCCUCACUCCCGGCAUGCAGUGCUUCGCUCCCAGCUAAGUAUCACUGAGCUGAUGGGGGUGGGCCGGACGGAGCAGCAGCAGCUGCUGGGUUCAGAAGAGACAGGUCUCCAGGAACACAAUGAUGGUAACUGCCUCUACUGCACUGGGCUCUCUGUACUCGGCUUCACAGCGUCCACUAGCAACCCAGACUUGACAGAGGACCCCCCUUUCUCACAGUGGUGCAGUCCGCCUGUGCCAAACCACCUGGAUGUCAUGGGCCAAACCAAACUUUCAGGAGUUUCCGGUUGCAGUGACGCCGUGUCCCAGGGCUCGACAGGAAGCACCCGCAGCACUGAACUGGUUUUGGGAGUGAAGUCCAUCCCAGAGGAUGCUCCCACUGGCAGGAUUAUCCUCAGGAAGGAGGUCCUGCGUCUGGUGGUAAACCUCAGCUCUUCUGUGGGGGCCAAAGGACAUGAGACAAAUCUGCUAACGAUCAAGGAGAAGUUCCCCUAUGCCUUUGAUGAUAUCUGUCUGUACUCUGAGGUGUCCUACCUGCUGGCCAACUGCAAGUUCCGUUUGUCUGCCCGCCGCUUCAUCCAGGAGCUCUUCCAGGAUGUGCCAUUCAUUCCGAUGUAUGGAGAGGCUGAGGGCAUCCUGUCCAUGCCUCUGAAGAAUGGACCAGCCAGCCAUCCCACUGAAACCUGAGUACCCCCUACUGAUUUCCUUAUUGGGAAAUUCCUCACCACCUGAACUUUAACCCCAAUCAACAACUUACUGGUCCUUAACUUGGGACGGAUUUCUCUGUAGUUUUUAUGAUUCACUGCAAUCAUUCCCAACCACUGCUAUGAGAGUGCACAGCAUGCUGUUUGUAACUCAGCUUUUCCCAAAGUGCAUACAUUUCUUUUGACUGAACCACUAAAUGAAGGUUUCCUCUGCAUAACUGACAUAAAACCCCUGCACCUGGAGGGAGGAAUAUGGCAUUGUGAAUAUCCAGAUGCCUGAACACAGAAGAAUAGGCUUUUUGGUAUUGCUCUGUUUAAUGAAGACAAAAAGCCUGACAAGCAUCAAUCACUGACACAGUUAGGUUUUUGUGUUAGUGUUUUGUUGGCAUGUGUUAAUGUGGAAACAUUCCUCCUACCUCCUGCUUGGUGGUGUUGUAUUUAAGUUUUUUGUUUGGCUGUUGUUUUUGCAUUUUUAAGCAUUUCUGUCAAGAGAGGAAGAAUACAUUGUACACAUAAAAUGUACCAAAUGAUUACUAUUGAGCAUCUGCCUUUGUUUCAGCACCUAGGCGGUAUUAGCAGUCAGUCAUGAAACUGCGUCUAUAAUUGUAGUUCUUGUUUUUGGUUAUAACGUGGUAAUGUGACCCUGAAUUAAAGCACAGGGUUUGAACAAGAUAUUGGUACUCGUUAGGUGGAAGAAGGACACAUGUAUGUGAGUUUACGGUACGAUUGUAUGUACUUAUAUCUAAACACACAUGGAUCAUGAAAACAGUGGCUAUUUGAUGGCCAAGGAGAGUUGCCUUUUUAGUAAAGGCCAGACGUCAGUUCACAUUCUGCUGUCAGGGUGCCAAUUUUUUGGAUUUCCAUUGUCAGUUUUAAAUUUUGUCAGUGCCAUUAAUCUGUCUGUUUUUGUUUUUUGUCAGUGCCAUACUCAGAUGUUUUUAUUCUUGUUCGUUGACUUUCCUAACGCUGUCUGGUUGCCUCAUGCCUACAUUCCACUAUAACUGAGUAAUAUUUAAACUGGAGUAAGCAUCUGUAGAGAUCAAGUUGGGUCCUGUCUGCUUAAACAUGUCCAGUGUGAAUAAUAAUUUCCUUUGAAAACAGUUUCAACUACAGCCCCUUCUAAACCAGACAUUUACCUACAUGUUUUUAAAAUGUUACCAACUGUCUUGAAACAUUUCAAUAUUUUGUGGUAAUAGUCAUUUUUGCUAUGAAGGAUGCCUGACAAUUGUGAGCCCACAUUUACAUUGGGGUUGUGCUACAAUCAUGUGAAAAAAUAUGUACACCCCCCUUUUUUGGACACAUUGAUAUUUGAGCUAAAUUCAUUGAGGUAAUCAAAUUUAACAAAUCACACAAAAAUCAACUUCGAAACCAUUUAUGGAAAAAAAUAAAAAUAAAUGCUAUUAACCUAUCUGGAACAAGUUAGUACAUCCCUACUUUUACCAUCACAUAAAAUCACAAAAAUUAGAAUAAUGUGCACCAAAACAGGUGUAAAUGAUUUAAAGAAUCAUAAGAGAGUAAUUUGGGAAGUAUCAAUCUUCCAUGAUGUUGUCUGGUUUAGUCUUUACCAGUGUGUCUGGUAACACAUUCAUGCCAAGAUUUAAAAAAGAAAUCCAAGGUCCUCAGAAGAACAUUAUUGAUGCCUUUAAGUCUGGGAUGGGUUACAAAGCCAUUUACAAGCAAUUCGAAGUACAUUAUUACACUGUCAGAUGGAUAACCUACAAAUUGCGAAAAUGCCAUACCACAGGGAAUCUAGGAUGCCCAAAACCAGACCAAAAGAUGCUAAUAGAAAUCUCUAAACAGAUCUGGAAGGAAGAAGCCUCCAAGCUCAAAAAAUUAUUUUAAUUAAUAACUGACUUGCCAGACAACAAAAACCAAAACAUGGAUCUUGAAACAGGUCAAUGCCCCCUAACUCACAAGCUAAGCUGCAACAGAAGGGCUAGAAAAUAAGAAAUUAAGGGUUAUGGAAUGACUGAGUGAAAGCCCAGAUCUCAAUCCUAUCGAAUGCUAUGGGGAGCUUGAUUUGGACCAUGCAUGCAAAAAUCCAUUGAACAUGACACAAGCAGGACUGCAAUCAAUACUGGGGGAAAAUUCCUCUUAGUCAACUGUAAGAGACCUGAUGGACAGUUACAAGAAACGGCUACAUGCAGUUUAUUUGUCAGUAGCUGUAUAAGAUUCCCAUGUCCAAAUAUGGGGGGGAAAUUAUUGGGGCAGUGAACUUUUUCACAUGACUGUAUUUCAGCUAUUUUUUUUUUUGUGUAGGCAGCUGAAAUUACAUUCUUAUAUUUGUUGUCAGUUCUGAUAAGAACCAUUUAGUUAUUUCUCAUUUUAUAUUGUUAUUUUAGAUGGACUAAUGGAGCAAAAAGAUUGUAAAAUAAUAAGCAACCACUGUCAAGGCCAUCUGUCUUCGCAAUCUGUUUUAGACAAGAGACUUCUAGAAGAAGCUGCUUGAUUUUAGAAUGCAGUGGUGGAGCUUGGCUGAUUUGGGGAAUGAGCUGUAAAUGUAUUGUUCAAUUACUAAGUGGUGAUUACUGUUAGGUAAUUUCUAAUCUACCACGAGAAGUGACAAUGGUACUUGCUACACCGCUGUGCCAAAUCAUUUAACAACAUACACUUAAGAUUAGUAUGAAAAUGUUUAGGUGUACCAUUUAAAAUGGCCUGAAAUUAGUGAUUAGAACAAUGGCCUGAAAUGAGUGGUUAGAACAAUGGCCUGAAAUGAGUGGUUAGAACAAUGGGCUGGUGAAGAGAGAAUUGAAUAAAGUGCACUGCAAUUGCACUGAGUAAUUAAUGUUACUUAAGUUACUGAGGAAAAUAUUCCACUGUAUAAAUGCAAAUUGUUCAAAAGACCUCUGCAAGUGGAGAAAUCUUUAGUUUCAGCAAACAAUGUUCAUUUUGGAUUAUUACUAUAAGUGAAAAAGAUAUGGCAAUAUUUAAGAAAUGGCAAUAUUUGUCUUUCAACUAUUCCUUUAUAAAAUGUUAUUUAGCACUUUUGCAUAUAAAUAGGCCUUGGUUCAGCUUUUCAACUAACUGCAAAUUUCAAAAUAGUGGUCAACUCUACAUUUCAUAGCAGGUUUUAACAUAAUACAUAUGUUUCCAAUAGAUAUUAAAUUCAGUAAAUGAUUUAGGAACAUAACUGUACAACUUUCUGUUGGGGACCAAAAAGCCAAACUGACAUUAAUGUUAAUUGUUCUCCAGCAGUUGGAAAACAGGAAGGUAUAACUGAAAUAUUGAACUUUUGUGUACAUUUUGACAUUUUGAGUGUAAAAAAUGAACACCAUAUUCUUAACCUGUAAGUGGACUUAUGCUGAGCUUAUCUCAAACACUGUAUGGGGUUGUAAAACAUAAAACUUUAUUAUGUACUUGGACCGUUCAGAAACAGACAGUCAAAGAUAAGUGUUAUUUAUUUUUUCCUUAAGAGAAAAUAUUUUCAAGAAGCUGUAUAUAAGUCUGUUUGUUUUGCCCAAUUUUUCCUUGUAUGGAGUCCUUUAUGUUUUUGGCAUUAUAUGGGUCGUUAAAAUAAAUCUUGUCAAAGGGAUGCAUUGAUAAUAAAAACAUAAAUCAA